CCUCUUGCUCCUGCCUGGCCUUGCAUGUAAGUAUAUGACCAACGCCCUCCUCCUACUACUGGGUGACGCCGUGCGGGUGGCAGAAGAUACCGGUACUCCAAGGUCAAGCAAAACUUCUUUCCCUUCAUUCACUCCGUGUGGGGGAGGGGUGUUAUAAGUUGGACAUCAGCUCUUCCAACAAGGCGCAGCUCUUGCGGUCCAUUGAAAGCACGACCGACGGUCCGAGACGCUUAGCCCAGCCUCCUGGAUACAGAUCCUACCCGGCAAAAGGUUUUCCUGGUAGUCUUACCUUUCCCCUACCCUCUUCGAACCCCAGGCACGCUCAUAAAGUCACAACCGCAAUUCUGGCAUUAGCAGUGGCAUCAAAUCCAGCCCGUGUCUGGCAUCGUGACAAGAUCCAUCGGUUGGGUGGCCCUGCACUUGGGACAAUGGACAUCUCUGGCCUGGUAUAUCGUACAAACGAACACUCGGCUUCAACAUCUACGUCAUCACGAGGAAUCAUGGCUCCUCACUUGCCCAUGAAUGCUCAGCCUUUUGUUCAGAAUCAGAUGGGAGACUUCGACGCGUAUCCAACACAGUUUAGCUUCGAUACCUCCCAAGUCCCCCAAUACCAGAAUGUCGGUGUUGUAGGGCAUCCGCAACCUGGAUUUCCCCAACCAUACCCACCACCGCAGCAGCAACACCACGCAAAUCCUCAUCAUGGACAAACUCAUCCUCACACCGGCCCACAUCCUCAUCAUCCCCAUCACCAACCUCAUCCUCAUCCCCAGCAAGCUCAUCCUCACCCUCAUCCCCACCCGCAUCAUCAACAACACUUGUCACAUCCUCAUCACCCGGGUAUUCAGCCCACACCAACGGUCGUUUCCCACCGACUCCCUCAAGCCCAGCAGCAGCAAGCCCAGCAGCAGCAGCAGCAGGCUCAACAGGCCCAGCAACAGCAGCAGGCGGCAGCAGCCCAGCAGGCUCAACAGCAAGCCCAGCAGCAAGCCCAGCAGCAAGCUCAACAGCAGGCCCAGCAACAAGCCCAACAACAACAGCAGGCCCAGCAACAAGCCCAACAGCAGGCCCAGCAACAAGCUCAGCAGCAGCAGCAGCAGCAGCAGCAAAUCCCCCCGGAAAACCGACGGAGACCGGCUAACAUAACGCGACAGCAGCCUCCGGCAAAGGCAGUUGUUCAAACUCAGAAUCAAAAUGCUAGGUCCAUGUCUUAUCAGUACCCCCAUUCUUCGCCACCACGGGGGAGUCCUGGCUCGACAAAAGUUUCGAACCCCAACCACGACGUUGACUUUCAAACAGACGUCGAUACCCUAAUGAAGGCGAUACAAGCAAGGCAACCUGUGGUAAUAAAAGCCGAAUCAAAUUCACCUUCACCAGUUUACCCCCAGCCCCGACAACCACUAAAGAACACCCCAGUAACACCGAUUCAUCCAGUUGGUUUUCAAAACAGAUCACCCUAUACAAGCAAUCCCUACGGUCAGAAUGGCUAUCCACCCCAGCUCGGCAGCAAUCUUCAGGUACAAGCGUCGGGGAGCGGGCUUGGUGUCCCCAAGUUAUUGGCAGAGGAUGAGGACUCACCAUCCAGGGGGGGCAAGGAAGAAAAAAAAACGGGCUCUCAGAAGGCGAAAAAGAGAUACGAAUGCGAUGUUCCUGGUUGUAACAAGAGCUUCUUUCAGAAGACACACCUCGAUAUUCAUUCCAGGGCCCACACCGGAGAUAAACCUUUUCCCUGUAGUGAACCUGGAUGCGGCCAGCGAUUUUCCCAGUUGGGUAACUUGAAGACACACGAGCGUAGACACACUGGCGAAAAGCCCUAUUCCUGCGAUUUUUGCGGUAAACGGUUUGCUCAGAGGGGCAAUGUUCGUGCUCAUAAGAUUGUACAUGAUGGCUCAAAGCCCUUCACUUGCCGGUUGGAUAACUGUGAAAAACAGUUUACGCAGUUGGGGAAUCUCAAGUCCCACCAAAAUAAGUUUCAUGCCGUAACGUUGCGGCAGUUAACGGAGAAGUUUGCGCAAGUCCGGGACGGUGACGACAUUUCAGUGGCGGACAGGGAGCUGUUCGAGUACUUUGCCGAACUCUACAAGAACUCGAAUCGUGGCAUCAAGGGGAGGGGGAAGGAUAGGAAGAUUACGGGCACAAAAAAGCCCAGAUUGGCGGAUGGGGAGAUGGGUAGCGAUGCUGGGCGUCAUGCGGGUGGUGACAUGCACUCGAUGACCUCCCCAGGCGGUUCCUGCGGGAGCAACUCUAAUCCCGAUGGGGGAUUCGAUUUUUCGGCGGGGCAUAUGGACGAGGAGGAUGAGAGUUCUGUGGAUUCGCCGUACGAGCAGCAGCAGCUUCCCCCCAUGAGGCCUGGUGCGGGACCGGUCGCAAUGGUGACUAUGGGUGCUUAUCCUGACGAUACCAUGGCAUUACAUACAGACAUGGCUAAAUACAGCCUGGACCGGAAGUUUUAA